UUGAAACUUUGUUAUGUUAGUCACAUUCUGAAUGUGACAUUCAUAUGUGUUAGAUGUCGAAAAGUCAAGUUAUUUGAUUUUUAAUAUUAUUCAAAGGUGAGGCAUCUUCAAGGUGAACGAAUUAGAAACAGGCGUUUAAUCGGUUCCGAGUUAUUGGAGACAUUAUACUGUUCUGUGUUGGCCCAGAUCAAUCACGACACGCCAAAUGAAGCAAAAAGAAGUAGAAAAUAUUCAAGAUUGGGUUUGGAUAAUUUUCACAGUAAAGGAAAUUGAAAUAAAUCAUAAAGCGAUCGUUGAUUUAUCAUCAUUUCCGUUCAUAGUUUGUACAAAGCUAAUCAAAAUGUUCACUUUAUCUAUUUGAUCAUGUAAAUUUGUGCUGCUGGAACAUAGUCAUUGAGUAUUGAGUUGACACUAAAGCGAGAGUAUGCUUUCUUCAAUUGUUCUGGGAAUGUAUGCAGUAUUAUUUCAGGGUUGUUUGUCGGAUUCACAAAAAAGUGAUGGAUUGGACACAAAUACGGACAUCACAUCGAUAAAUCGAGACUUGGAUAAUCUGUUCGAGGGAGAUAUUCUGCUAUCACCGAGCUCGAGAAAUUCACAGAACGAGCCAUCGCUUCUUUGGACAAAUGGGAUUGUUCCAAUGGCUUAUGGAUCAUCGGCUAGUCUUGGUGCUAUAGCUGCCAUGGAAGACGCCAGAAUUGAGUUUGCCCUUAACACAUGCAUAAAUGUGAAGAUCAGAGAAUUGGAAAUGGAUUUCAUUACUGUUGAAUCUUCAAAUGGAUGUUGGUCCAGAGUUGGGAAAGUAGGCGGAAACCAAACCGUUUCUAUGGGACCAGGGUGUCAAUAUAAAGGAACCGCAAUUCAUGAAAUCCUCCAUGCGAUUGGAUUUUAUCAUGAACAAAGCAGAAAAGACAGAGAUGAUUAUAUAACAAUUGAAUGGUCAAAUGUAAUAGCUGACAAAUCUUUCAAUUUUGACAAAAUGAUACACUUGGACAAUCUCCGUGAACCCUACGAUCUCGAUUCCCUCGUGCAUUACGAGGACGUAGCAUUCAGCAAGGACGGAUCUUCGAAAACGAUGAGAACAAAUGAUAUGCAAUUACAAGACAAAUUAUCCAUUAGAAAACAUACUUUCAGUGAGACAGAUGUUAGGAAGGUAAAUCGUCUCUACAAUUGCGGGGACACACUGUUGUAUUCUUAUCAUUGUGACUUUUCUGAACGAACAAUAUGUGGGUGGGUAUUGCAAAACAGUACGUGGUCUUGGAUUGACUUGUCAGCGCCCGGAUUUCCAGUUGGGCAAUUGAUUCCAAUCAUGGAUGGAACUCACGCCAAACACUUCACAGGUGCAUACAUAUACACAACGUCUAAUUCGACAGAAGUUAUAAAAUCGAUGAUGUUGCGCAGCAAGUCAACAAAACAGUGUCUACAAUUCUGGUAUUAUUUAGAACACAGUGCAGAGGCUGAAAUAAACAUCAGCAUCGCUUCGGUAGAUGACAAAAACGGUGAAGUGACAGGAAUAUGGAACCAAGAAAUUUUUAUUACCCGAAGUGGCAACCAAUGGAAAUUCAUGCGAAGAACUAUAAGUGCCCCACCUCAGUAUAGGAUUCUAAUUCAAUCUAAGCUAAGUGGUAAAUCCGCACUGGCAAUUGAUGAUUUCAGUGUCAUGGAUAGACGUUGUGAUACGACGUACUUCGUAUACCCAUCCUUUACAUCACGUUUGACAAAUUCGGCUAUGGGAGAUGGCAUUGUAUCUUCUCCAGUACUGACUGAUGAUGGAUACGCGUUUCAUAUAUUGGUCUAUGUGAAAGGUUCAAAUCUUGUUGAGAAAGACAAAAUAACUGUGUUUUUUAAACUGGCACCGAGUCCCAGCGAUGAUCAACUUGAAUGGCCUUAUAAAAACAGAUAUGUUCGUUUGAGUGUUAUUGAUCAACAAUCCAACCCACUCAGAGCGCAAGAUCAAACUCGAGCGUUCAUUGAUAAAGAACGCGAAAAUGCCUUUACGGUCAGUUUUGGCGGUACUAUCGUUACGACCGAUGGUUUGCUCGGCAGACGACACUUCGUAAAACACGAUACAUUGAUCAUUUCAGUAGAUGUUCGAGAUAUGACGCCAUUCAUCAGUCAAAGCAGUCCAGGCACGACUCCCGCAACAACAAAACCUACUACAGUCGUAACCAGAGUGACAAAACAAACACCCGAAGUAACGCAGACAGAUACUGAGUCGGUCACGACAAUAAAAACUACAGAACAACCAGCACCAAGCACUCCCAGAAUUUUGAAUUUUGAACCUCAAACAAUCCAAACGACUGCAGUCACAACGUCGACAUCCUUCACUAAUUCCGAGACGACACCGUCACCAAUUACACAAUCACCAACGACAACCACAUCAACAUAUGUCUCAACGAUUGUUACUACGUCAUGCACAUUGUUUUCGUUCAAAAAUUUGGAGAUAAUCAUGCUUAUGGUAUUGGCAAUUGUAACUCUUCUGUUACUAGUGAUCUUAAUAAUAACUUGCAUGGCGUUGAGAAAAUCCCGUGCGGAUGACGAUGAGCAUAGGACGAAAAGUGCAAUUCAAUCCGGACUAGCAAGUGGAGUUCCAAAGGUAGAAGUAUUAUCUGUUCGUGAAAAGGAAGAUAAAAUUAGAGAACGAGCUUCACAUGAAGUUUAUCUAAAUAACGAAUACACGCAAAUGAUGUCGAUUCACUCAGAAAAAACGCCGGAAAAACGAGGAACAACGUCAAAAACUGAUAACAGAUCCAUGGACACUUUUUUACAAUCGUCGAGCCAGGCGAAUGUUUCAUUAUCAGAAAUAAACGAGCUUCAUACACCGUCUCGUUCGCGUCUUAUACUUCGGAAGAGCUCUCCUGCUACGGAAAAAAACCUCAAUGUUCUUUAGUGUCUUGUGUGCGAUUUCCCUCUAACGUUAUGUAAUAUUUGCAAUUUUAUCAUGCUCUAUGUAUGCAGUGUUUACUUAUACAAGACUUGACGUUAAUAAAUGCUAGCAAUUUCUACGCGUUAAAUUAAAUUAUUACUAUCAUUAUUACAGAUGAACUCUUUUAUUAAUCACUGCACGCAAUGUACUCAUUUUAUUAUCUUAAAUUUUUAGUACCUAUUAGAGUUUGGAGAUUCCGUUACAGCUAUUUUACUGGAGCUGAAAUUCAAAGAAGCAACAACUAAAAACGAUAGAUGCAUCAGCAACGUCUUUUUUUAAUCAUAAUGUUAAUAUGGAGCGGAAUCCCAAAUAAAAUAACCUAGAGUUGGAGUUGCAAACAAAAUAGCUAUGAGAAGCCACUCGUUUUAUCGUAUUUUAUUUGCUUUUUUGUUUCAGAAAAAAAUUCAUAGUAGAAUUUUUACUUUUUAAACAUUGCCAAUAUAAACUGACAUUAAUUAUUAAAAAUCUCGUUACUAAAUAUUUUUGUAUGUCUUGGCACCAAUGUAAUAUCUUAUAGUCUAUCAGCGGCAAAAGCACUGAAGAUAAAUAACACAUUGCACAUGUUGAGGAAACUCGAAUCAACCUGAGUCACCAUUUAAGUAGUCGACAUUGAAUUAUUAGGAAUCGUUGUCAACUUACAGCCAGUUAGUUACACUUAAUUGAUUGGCUUGACUUCCGAACUCGUACGAUCCGUGACCCUUGAAUGGCUUCUACCCAACACAGACUAUUUCAGAAUUUUAAAUGUUGCAUGUGUUAGCCACAACAACCAUAUCUAAUAGUAUAUAAAUGAAUUUGGACACUAUCAAAACGCGAUUUGAAAACUGUUUAUUUAUUGUUACUUCAAAUAGACAACGAAACCUAGUGUAAAAUUUGUCGGCCUGCCAUCUACACGACCUUAGUUAAUGAAUAUUUGCCUAUAAAUAAGAAUUUUGGAGAAAGUAAAAAAAAGGUUGUAUAUGUAAUAAAUAUGUGUGACAUAUUUUGAUGUCUUUGAUUUCUAUAACAAAAGAUUCAACUCUUCCUGGUUGAUGUCAUAUAUUUUGUCUGUGAUAGAUCAGUGAAAAAAAUAUGACACUGCCCUCUGGGUAACCAUACUUUUUACAAAUCGACAAUUCUUUCAAUAUUACGAUGAUAAUAUUUUAAUUCACUUCAUUGGGGACAUGUGGUGUGUAAACCAGUGGGCCGCGAAGGCCUUUUUUUUGAGGGGCGUGAAGUUAAUUGAAAAUAAAAAUAUUUGUUAGAUCUUGCCUGCCUUAUUUUGGCUAUCUAGAUUUCUUUAUUUUGAAUAUUCACGUUCCAUCUGCGCAUUUUCAAAGUGUUUGUCUAUCUGGUAUUUGUAGCCUAUUGUUUGAGAACCAUCGGUGUAAACUAUUGAGACCCCAAGGGCCCGAUUCAGAGUUAUCGAUCGAGUCAAAUUUGAUCAUUGAAAUAAACUAACAUUUUUUAAAUAUUCCAAGUCCUACUCCUAUGAAUCACAUUGUCACGACUCAAAGCUUCCAGAAAUGAAUACGCAAGGUCAUAUCGACUCCGAGUCAACAACUUCCGAUAUUCAACAUAAAUACCUUACCAUUGCACAUGGGUAUGCCCGAAAUCGUGUCGGUAUGAAUUAUUAGGUUUAUAAUCGGGUGCUGGAAUUGCUAGUUACACCAAUUAAGUUUUUUAAAUUUCACAGGCAACUGUCAGUGACUUUUUCUCUUGUUUUGUUUCCGAACUAUUUUUGCUCCAUAGUCGUACCGAGCUGACAUGCAAAGUGUGACCAUUGCAGAUUUUCUCAAAAUAGGCUACAAAUCUUUUAAAAAGACUAAAUCUGCUAUGUUUCGUUCUCAAAAUGGCAUCUUUCCAAAAAUGUUUUACUAUGUUUAUGUGGAUAUAAAAACUUGUUAUGCUUGAAAUGUUAUGCUCAUUCGAUUUGGUCUAUGUUUCAUCAAAAUAGACAAUGUCCUUUCUUUUGAAAAAGAUUUCGACACACCGAAAAGUUAUACUUAUUCUAGAAAUGUUUUAUUCAUAGAAUAAUUGCGAUGUUUUCAGUUAACGAUCGACCGGUAAGACUGUAUACCAUCGAUGUCGCAGUAUGGAAAAGCGAUAUUUCUCAUAAAAA